UGAAGCAGCUGCUCAGUAUAACCCAGAACCCCCGCCUCCCCGUAGCCACUUCUCCAACGUCGAAGCCAACGAGAGUGAGGAGGUGCGGCAGUUCCGGCGGCUCUUCACCCAGCUGGCGGGAGAUGAUAUGGAAGUCAGUGCUUCAGAGCUGAUGAAUAUCCUCAACAAAGUGGUCACCAGACAUCCCGACCUGAAGACUGACGGAUUCGGGAUUGACACCUGUCGCAGCAUGGUGGCAGUCAUGGAU